AUGAGAAACUCUUCGCAUUAAAUCAAAUCCCGUUAGAUUUAACCAAAAAAAAACACGUGUCGCGGCGGCACCUCUUUGCAGAGGGAGAGCCACACCCACAGCAGAGAGUAGUGAGCUACAAGCUGAAGCCAGAGAAAAGAAAAGAACACUUGAAAUUCCAGAGGGUGCCUAGAAAUUAAAAGCUAUAGCACCAAGAAACACUCUUUCGACUCUACCGAAAUGAGCAUAUGGAACUACGUCCUCACGGCUCACAAGCCCACUAAUGUUACUCACUCUUGUGUCGGCAAUUUUACCAGCCCUCAGGAGCUCAAUCUCAUUAUCGCGAAAUGCACUCGUAUUGAAGUACAUUUGCUUACUCCCCAGGGACUGCAGCCUAUGUUGGAUGUACCCAUAUAUGGAAGAAUUGCAACUCUUGAACUUUUCCGCCCUCAUGGUGAAGCACAGGAUUUUCUAUUUAUUGCAACCGAAAGAUACAAAUUCUGUGUUCUCCAAUGGGAUGCUGAGUCAUCUGAACUUAUUACAAGAGCAAUGGGGGAUGUCUCUGAUCGUAUAGGCCGUCCUACAGAUAAUGGUCAGAUUGGCAUAAUUGAUCCUGAUUGUAGAUUAAUUGGACUCCAUUUGUAUGAUGGGUUGUUUAAGGUUAUUCCUUUUGAUAGUAAAGGACAGCUGAAGGAAGCCUUUAAUAUUAGGCUUGAGGAGCUUCAGGUUUUGGAUAUCAAGUUUCUUUAUGGGUGUUCAAAACCAACAAUUGUAGUUCUCUACCAGGAUAACAAAGAUGCUCGUCAUGUGAAGACAUAUGAGGUUGCUUUGAAGGAUAAAGAUUUUGCUGAGGGCCCUUGGUACCAGAAUAAUUUGGACAAUGGAGCUGAUUUAUUGAUACCAGUACCCCCACCUCUCUGUGGUGUCCUCAUAAUUGGAGAAGAAACAAUUGUCUAUUGUAGUGCUAAUACUUUUAAAGCAAUUCCAAUCAGGCCAUCUAUCACGAAGGCCUAUGGAAGAGUUGAUGCUGAUGGUUCUAGGUAUUUACUUGGUGACCAUGCUGGGCUUCUCCACCUGCUGGUUAUAACCCAUGAGAAAGAGAAGGUUACUGGACUAAAAAUUGAGCUUUUGGGGGAAACAUCUAUCGCAUCUACUAUAUCAUAUUUGGAUAAUGCAUUUGUGUAUAUUGGCUCAAGCUAUGGAGAUUCACAGGAUAAAUACACAACAUUAAAUACUGACACUCUACUGGUUGUGAUACAGCUUAUAAAGCUAAAUGUACAACCUGAUGCAAAAGGUUCAUAUGUUGAAGUAUUAGAAAGGUAUGUCAACUUGGGGCCCAUUGUUGACUUCUGUGUGGUUGACCUUGAGAGGCAAGGCCAAGGUCAGGUUGUAACUUGUUCUGGAGCUUACAAGGAUGGUUCUCUUCGCAUAGUUCGAAAUGGAAUUGGAAUAAACGAACAGGCAUCAGUGGAACUGCAAGGUAUUAAAGGGAUGUGGUCAUUGAGAUCGUCUACUGAUGAUCCAUUUGAUACCUUUCUGGUGGUCAGUUUUAUCAGUGAAACACGAAUUUUGGCAAUGAAUCUUGAGGAUGAGCUGGAAGAAACUGAGAUAGAGGGUUUUUGUUCUCAAGCACAGACUUUGUUUUGCCAUGAUGCCGUUUUCAAUCAACUUGUUCAGGUUACUUCUAGCUCUGUAAGACUUGUAAGUUCAACAUCUAGGGAGCUGCGUAAUGAAUGGAAAGCUCCAGCUGGAUAUUCAGUUAAUGUUGCAACUGCCAAUGCUACUCAGGUUUUACUGGCAACUGGAGGUGGACAUUUGGUUUAUUUAGAAAUUGGUGAUGGAACAUUGACAGAAGUAAAACAUGCACAAUUGGAGUAUGAGAUAUCAUGCCUUGACAUUAAUCCAAUCAGUGAAAACCCCAACUAUAGUCAGAUAGCUGCAGUUGGAAUGUGGACAGAUAUAACUGUUAGGAUAUUUUCACUUCCUGACCUAAAUCUGAUCACAAAGGAGCAUUUGGGAGGAGAAAUCAUACCUCGAUCUGUUCUUUUAUGUGCCUUUGAAGGGAUAUCUUACUUGUUAUGUGCACUUGGAGAUGGUCAUCUUUUAAAUUUUUUGUUGAACAUGAGUACGGGUGAGUUGGCAGAUAGGAAAAAGGUGUCUCUGGGAACCCAGCCUAUUACUCUCCGUACUUUCUCAUCCAAGAGUACUACUCAUGUAUUCGCUACAUCAGAUAGGCCGACUGUGAUUUAUAGCAGUAACAAAAAGCUACUUUAUAGUAAUGUAAAUUUGAAAGAAGUCAGUCAUAUGUGCCCUUUCAACUCUGCUGCUUUUCCAGACAGUCUUGCAAUUGCAAAAGAAGGCGAGCUUACUAUUGGCACAAUUGAUGAUAUCCAGAAGCUUCAUAUCCGUUCUAUACCUCUUGGGGAGCAUGCACGCCGUAUCUGUCAUCAAGAGCAGUCCCGGACUUUUUGUAUAUGUAGUUUGAAGAACCAGUCUAGUGCAGAAGAAUCUGAAAUGCACUUCAUCCGCUUAUUAGAUGACCAAACAUUUGAGUUCAUAUCAACUUACGCACUUGACACAUUCGAGUAUGGUUGCUCCAUCCUCAGCUGCUCCUUCUCUGAUGAUAGUAAUGUCUAUUACUGUGUUGGGACUGCAUAUGUUCUGCCAGAAGAAAAUGAGCCUACCAAGGGGAGGAUAUUGAUUUUCAUAGUGGAAGACGGGAAGUUGCAGCUGAUUGCAGAGAAAGAAACUAAGGGAGCAGUUUAUUCAUUGAAUGCCUUCAAUGGCAAAUUGCUUGCUGCUAUCAAUCAAAAAAUCCAGUUAUACAAGUGGAUGCUCAGAGAUGAUGGUAGUUGGGAGUUGCAAUCUGAAUGCGGUCAUCACGGGCACAUACUGGCCCUGUAUGUACAAACUCGUGGAGAUUUCAUUGUUGUAGGUGAUUUGAUGAAGUCCAUUUCGUUGUUAAUCUACAAGCAUGAAGAAGGUGCUAUUGAAGAACGUGCCCGUGACUACAAUGCAAAUUGGAUGUCAGCUGUUGAAAUUCUUGACGAUGAUAUUUACCUUGGUGCUGAAAACAACUUUAAUCUGGUGACAGUUAGGAAGAAUAGUGAAGGUGCCACUGAUGAGGAAAGAGGGCGGCUUGAGGUGGUUGGUGAAUACCACGUUGGAGAAUUUGUGAAUCGAUUCCGGCAUGGUUCCCUUGUAAUGCGGUUGCCAGAUUCUGAUGUGGGUCAGAUUCCAACAGUGAUAUUUGGGACGGUGAAUGGUGUAAUUGGGGUUAUUGCUUCGCUCCCUCAGGAGCAGUACGUUUUCUUAGAAAAAUUGCAGUCAAACAUAAGGAAGGUGAUAAAGGGUGUUGGAGGGUUAAAUCAUGAGCAAUGGAGAUCAUUUAACAAUGAGAAGAAAACAGUGGAUGCCAAAAAUUUCCUGGAUGGUGAUUUGAUAGAGUCGUUCCUUGACCUAAGCCGUAGUCGGAUGGAUGAAAUAUCCAAGACAAUGAAUGUUUCGGUAGAGGAGCUUUGUAAGAGGGUUGAGGAACUGACGAGGUUGCAUUGAUAUAUAUUUGUUAAUGAAAUUCUUAUAUCCUCUACAUUUUGCAAUCUCUCUCUCAUCUGGCUUUGUAUGGAAUGUAAGAGUGAACGAUUUUUACAUAUUUCUUCUUCAUCUAAACACGGAUUGAUUGUAUUA